AUGCCAGGUACAUCGAAAGGAGUUGCUAAGGCGAAAACGAAAGUGGACAUUGUAGGUGAGCAAGGGACGCGUUCGGCGAUCUCGAAGCGGCCAGAUCGUUUAUCAAUCGAAGGGGCCGACGAGUUGAGUACGCAGGACGGAGCUGACCACGUGGCAAGGAAAGCCGUACCUAACCUCAACAAUGACCCUGCCAGUGAUGACGUGGCACGUCGGCUAGUCAUGCUGAAGCAACGACAGGAUUUGGAGAAAAGGCGUUUGGAGCUGGAACUUCAGCUGAAAUUCGUGUGUGAAGAAGAGGAGUUGUUAAGGGUUGGUAAAGUUGAGUUUUCGACAGUUUCACCCCAGUUUAACUCUUUUCAGCCGGAAGAGAGUGCGGCGAAAACCAGUAAAGAAGACUCAGAUGUAACUCCUCGUCAAGCGGUCGCUAGGAAGAAUGUCCCAAAAGAGCUCCCGACCUUCACAGGUGAUCCGGCUGAGUGGCCGAUAUUUAUUUCUCACUACGAGAAUACCACCAGGCGAUGUGGAUACUCCAAUUGGGAAAAUAUGCUGCGGCUGCAAAAGUGCUUGAAGGGACCUGCGUUGGAAGCGGUGAGCAGUCGUUUAAUGUUGCCGGAAUCGGUGCCGCAAGUUAUCGAAAAGCUCCGGUCAAGAUAUGGUCGACCAGUGCACCUGAUAAAGACCCUAAUAGCGAAGGUACGCAAGAUCCCAGCUCCGCAGGUUGACAAGCUGGAGAGCAUCAUAGAGUACGGUGAGGCGGUGCAAAGUAUGGUAGAUCACAUGGAGGCAGCAGGCGCUCGGGCACAUUUGACGAAUCCGAUCCUAUUGGAAGAGGUGGUCGGCAAGCUGCCGAACGACCAGCAGUUGCUUUGGGCACACCACAUCCGAGGGGUGGAUGAGGAUUCAUUGGACCUUGUGAUGUUCAGUGAUUAUAUGGAGAAACUGGCGGAAGAUGCUGCUAGGUUGACGACAGUGGAUUCUCCGUCAAUGCGUGGGUCCCACAAGGGUAAAAGGAGCUAUGUAAAUACGCAUUUGGAGGCAGACGGUAAUGCGACGUCGAUAGCAGCGGAUAGAAGCUGUUUGUUUUGUCAUGGAACGGGGCACGGAUUGACCACGUGCUACAAGUUUAAAAAUCUGCCAGUGAAGGACCGAUGGCAAAAGGCACGAGAGUUGUCGGUGUGCUUCAGUUGUCUAGGGAAGCACAAUUGGCGGAAUUGUCGAAACAGAGCCGUUUGCGGGAUCGGUGGUUGUACGUAUCGACACCAUGCGUUGUUGCACGAUAAGGCGGAAUCGAGUGGUGGCGCUGGAGAAGGACGAUCGGAAGGUGGAGUUGUUGCUGAGAGCAACCAUCACCAAUACACAUCAUCGACGGCGAUAUUCCGCAUUGUACCAGUGACUUUGUAUGGUCCGGCUAGGAACGUAUCAACAUUUGCCUUCCUGGAUGAAGGAUCGUCUGUGACGUUAAUGGAUGAGGACGUAGCGGUGCAGCUUGGUGUUGAGGGGGUGGUGGAACCACUUUGUAUGAGAUGGACCGGUAACACCCAGCGUAUUGAAAUGGGGUCCAGGCGUGUCGACCUCAAGGUGGGACCGUCCGGAUCAUUGAAAAAGUUUGCCAUGAACUCGGUACGAACGGUACCUAAUCUGAACCUGCCAAAACAGACGUUCCAGCUGGGUGACGGAAUGGGAAAGCAUCUUCAACGUUUACCGCUACAACAGUAUCGGGAGGCGGAACCGAAACUGCUCAUAGGGUUGGAUAAUCUGCGGUUGGCGGUCCCUCUCAGGACUAAAGAGGGAAAGGAAGGGGAACCUAUCGCAGUGAAGACGCGCCUGGGAUGGUGCAUUUAUGGAAAACCAUUUAAUGGUUUGAGCGAACAACUGUUGCAUAUAUGUGAGUGCAACAGUGAGGACAGCAUCCAUCAAGCGAUGCGAAAGUUCUGCGAAACCGAGCAAUUAGGGGUAUCGCGCGUUGUGGAAGUUCAUCCGGAUGAUCAACGCGCGCAAAAAAUACUAGAUGAAACCACUGUUCGUGUUGGAAACCAUUUCGAGUCAGGAUUACUAUGGAAGACGGACAGUGUCGAGCUUCCUCCCAGCAGAGAGAUGGCGCAACGUAGACACGUUUGCUUAGAAAGGCGCAUGGAACGGGAUAAUGUUCUCAAAGAGCAAGUGCAUCGACAGAUUGGCGACCUCGCCAGCAAGGGAUAUAUCCACAAGGCUUCGGAACAGGAGCUCGUGGAUUGUGAUGAGAAACGUGUAUGGUAUCUACCAAUAGGAGUGGUUACAAACCCAAAUAAACCAGGGAAGGUUCGGUUGAUUUGGGACGCUGCAGCAAAGGCGCAUGGGAAGUCGCUUAAUGAUCAUCUGCUAAAGGGUCCGGACGAUCUGUUGCCUUUGCCUGGAGUACUCUAUCGGUUUCGGUUGUAUGGGGUGGCCACCUGCGCGGACGUGAAAGAGAUGUUUCUGCAGAUAAGGAUCCAUGCAACGAGGACCUUGUACGACAGCGGUGAGUGGCACGUGUUCGUUGAUGCCAGUCAACACGCAUAUGCUUGUGCGUUAUAUCUGCGAAUAAUCGACGCUACGGGUGAACCGCAAUGUACGCUUAUUGGUGGGAAAGCGAAGGUCGCACCGCUGAAAGCACUAUCGAUCCCUAAACUGGAACUACAAGCUUGCGUGUUGGGCGCACGAAUGUUACAGUUUAUACAAAACCACCAUCCACUCGGAAUUAGACGGCGUGUGCUUUGGACGGAUAGCACGGUUGCGUUAUCGUGGAUAAGAGCAGAUCCGAGGAAUUAUAAACCCUUCGUAGCCCACAGAGUAGGCGAGAUACUAGAAACCACAUCUCCGGAGGAGUGGCGGUGGGUGCCAACCGAUUGUAAUCCGGCAGAUGAAGCCACGAAAUGGAAAGGAAGGCUGAAUUGUGAUUGGGACAGCAUCUGGUUCCAGGGACCGAACUUUCUGCUUCAACCCGAAGACGAGUGGCCGACACAACGAGGCAAUAACAGUGAUACGGUAGAGGAACAGCGUCGAAUAUACCUUCACGUGGAGGAAUCAAACUACGAGAUUCUACCUCUAAAGUGGGAGCGAUUCAGCAGAUUUGAGAAGCUGCAAAGGACCGUCGGUUGGAUUGUCAGGUAUGUGGACAAUUUGGAACGGAAGAUGCAAGGCGAACCGGAACAAGGUGGAGUUCUAAGGCAGGAAGAACUCGUUAAGGCGAACAAUAUUCUAUGGCGACAAACACAACUGCAAUAUUAUGCAGACGAAGUUCGUGCGUUACGUGUUGAUGAUGGUGACUCAAAAUCGGGAAGACGGGUUACUAAACAGAGUCCAAUCUACAAACUAUCACCAUUCAUGGAUGAAGACGGCGUGUUACGAAUGCGAGGAAGAGUAGGAGCAGCGGUGGGAGUCCCCUAUUGCGCCAAGUAUCCUGUGAUACUGCCCAGAACCUCCAAGCUUGGCGAACUGAUAGUUGAACGAUACCAUCGAAUAUAUCGUCAUGCGAACAAGGAAACGAUAGUGAAUGAAGUACGGCAACACUAUCAGAUACCGAAGCUGAGAACGUUGGUGAACAGAAUCGCCAGGAACUGUGUGGUUUGCAAGAUACGGCGGUCAUUACCACAAGUUCCACCUAUGGCACCAUUACCAAAAGAAAGGUUAACACCGUUUAUUAGACCGUUUAGUUUCACGGGACUGGACUAUUUCGGACCAGUCAAGGUAAAACGAGGAAGGACAAACGAAAAGCGAUGGGUGGCUUUGUUCACGUGUUUGACAAUACGUGCCAUUCAUUUAGAGGUGGUGCACAAUUUGUCAACCGAAUCGUGUGUUAUGGCUGUCAGACGAUUCGUGGCUAGACGAGGAGCACCGGUGGAGAUCUUUAGCGACAACGGAACGAACUUUUUGGGGGCAAGUCGGCAACUGCGGAAGGAAAUCGAGGAGCGCAAUGAAAAUCUGGCUGCGACUUUCACCAACGCGCACACUCGUUGGACUUUCAACCCACCAGGGGCUCCACACAUGGGCGGCGUGUGGGAGCGCAUGGUGCGGUCGGUAAAGGCGGCGAUCAGCACGGUGAUGGAGAUAAAUAAUAAGCCCGAUGACGAGACGUUCGAGACGGUUCUGUUGGAUGCUGAAGCAAUGGUCAACUCGCGACCAUUAACGUACAUUCCCGUGGAUCCGGAGAACCAGGAAGCGCUCACUCCGAAUCAUUUUUUGCUAGGUAGCUCUUCGGGCGUGAAGCAACGUCCAGCGUUGCCUACGUGUUAUAGUUCUGGAUUAAAGAACAAUUAUAGGUUAGCGCAACACAUAUUGGACGGUAUGUGGAGGAGAUGGCUCAAAGAGUAUUUACCAGUGAUUACUAGGCAGAGUAAAUGGUUUGACAACGUUCGUGAGCUAAAGGUAGGAGAUUUAGUACUGGUGGUGGACGGGAACGUAAGGAACAUGUGGAAACGGGGAAUAGUGGAUCGAACGAUAACAGGAGCUGAUGGACACGUACGGCAGGCAUGGGUGCGUACUACUAGCGGCACGUUUAGGCGACCUGUAGCCAAGUUAGCAUUACUGGACAUAGUUUAG